AUGACCACACCCAAAGAAGUCCCCAUUCCGGGGCCACGCGGCGUUCCACUCCUGGGCAACAUUUAUGAUAUCGAGCCUGAAGUGCCACUCAACAGCAUUGACUUGCUUGCGGACAACUACGGCGAGAUCUUUCGCCUCACCACACUAGGCAACUCCCGCGUCGUCGUCAGUUCUCAUGAACUGGUCGAUGAGGUGUGCAAUGAGGAGCGCUUCGGCAAAGUAGUCACACAGGGACUCAAGGAGAUUCGCAAUGGUACACAUGACGGCCUUUUCACGGCCAAUUAUCCCGGCGAGGAGAAUUGGGCGAUCGCGCAUCGCAUCCUCGUGCCCGCGUUUGGCCCGUUGAUGAUUCGUGGCAUGUUCGAUGAUAUGUACGAUAUCGCCACUCAGUUGGUGAUGAAAUGGGCGCGACAGGGUCCUACGACACCCAUCACAGUGACAGACGAUUUCACUCGGCUGACGCUAGACACAAUUGCUCUGUGUGCAUUGGGCACACGAUUCAAUUCAUUCUAUCACGAUGAGAUGCAUCCAUUUGUCGAGGCAAUGGUCGGGCUGCUGAGCGGUUCUGGCAACCGUGCGCGACGACCCGCGCUUCUGAACAAUUUGCCCACGGGCGAGAAUACCAAGUAUUGGAAUGAUGUGUCGUACUUGCGGAACCUCUCACAAGAGCUGGUGGAUUCCCGAAAGAAUAAUCCCAUGGACAAGAAGGAUCUGCUGAAUGCCCUGAUUUUGGGACGGGAUCCCCAGACCGGCAAGGGCAUGACGGAUGAAUCGAUCGUUGACAACAUGAUUACUUUUUUGAUUGCUGGUCAUGAAACCACCUCCGGCAUGCUUUCAUUCCUCUUCUACUACUUGCUCAAAACUCCCCAUGCCUACAAAAAGGCGCAAGAAGAGGUUGAUCGGGUCAUCGGCAGGCGAAAGAUCACGGUCGAAGAUAUGGCCAAGUUGCCGUACAUCACAGCCGUGAUGCGCGAGACCCUGCGUUUGAAGCCCACUGCUCCCAUGAUCGCCGUGCAUGCCCAUCCCGAGAAGAACAAGGAGGACCCGGUGACCCUGGGCGGUGGCAAGUAUGUCUUGCACAAGGACGAGCCCAUCAUCCUCUUGCUAGGCAAGAUGCAGCGUGACCCGAAGGUCUACGGGCCCGACGCCGACGAGUUUCGCCCAGAGAGAAUGCUGGACGAGAACUUUGAGAAGUUGCCCAAGAACGCUUGGAAACCAUUCGGUAACGGAAUGCGUGGGUGCAUUGGACGGCCAUUCGCUUGGCAGGAAGCUCUUCUCGUGGUCGCAAUCUUGCUUCAAAACUUCAACUUCCAAAUGGACAACCCCAGCUAUGACCUUCGUAUCAAGCAGACUCUCACCAUCAAGCCUAAGGACUUCCUGAUGCGAGCCUCUCUCCGCGCUGGGUUGGAUCCAACCAAGCUUGGCCUGGUCCUGAGUGAUACGACUGGUGUGCCGCAGAAAGACGCCGGUGUCGCCGAGAGGGAGAGAAAGCCCAAGGUUGUGCCCGUGGAUGGUAAGACUCGACCGAUGCACAUUUUCUACGGUAGCAACACUGGAACAUGCGAGGCCUUUGCUCGCAGACUGGCGGAUGACGCGAUGGAGUACGGUUUUGCCGCAGAGAUCAGCUCCUUGGACUCGGCCAUGCAGAAUAUCCCCAAGGAAGACCCGGUGGUGUUCAUCACUGCUUCCUACGAGGGUCAACCUCCGGAUAAUGCUGCUCACUUCUUCCAGUGGCUUAGUGAGCUCAAGGGAGACAGCUUGAAGGGAGUCAAUUAUGCUGUCUUUGGGUGUGGACAUCAUGACUGGGCAUCUACAUUCCACCGAAUUCCCAAGGCCGUGAACGAGCUGGUCGGCGAGAACGGCGGUAAUCGCCUCUGCAACCUUGGACUCGCGGACGCAGCCAACUCAGAUAUGUUUACCGAUUUUGAUAGCUGGGGCGAGGCAACUUUCUGGCCCGCCAUGACGACGAAGUACGGUGGUGCCUCAGAGCAAAGCCUCAAGUCCAAAUCCUCGCUCCAAGUUGAAGUGAGCUCGGGCGUGCGCGCUUCGACUCUGGGCCUUCAACUUGAGGAAGGCUUUGUGGUUGAGAACAAACUCUUGACGCAGCCUGGAGUCCCAGCCAAGCGUGUAAUUCGGUUCAAGUUGCCUUCCGACAUGGCAUACCAGUGCGGUGACUACCUUGCUGUUCUGCCCGUGAACCCGAGCUCUGUCGUCCGUCGCGCCAUCCGUCGCUUCGAUCUGCCAUGGGACGCGAUCUUGCGCGUGCAGAAGCCAUCGACUGGCUCAGCGCCACCAUCGAUCCCCUUGGAUACGCCCAUCUCCGCCUUUGAGCUUCUCUCCACUUAUGUCGAGCUCUCUCAACCGGCCUCCAAGCGCGACGUGAAGCUCUUGGCUGACGCAGCUGUCGAAGACGCCGAGGUCAAGGCAGAGCUGCAAUACAUUGCCUCCAGCCCCAGUCGAUUCACGACCGAGAUCGUGCAGAAGCGAAUCAGUCCUUUGGACAUUCUGAUGCGCUAUCCAUCCAUCAAACUCUCCAUUGGAGACUUCCUGGCCCUGCUGCCUCCCAUGCGAGUACGGCAGUACUCCAUCUCUUCAUCCCCUCUAUCCGACCCCUCCGAAUGCUCAAUCACCUUCUCUGUUCUGAACGCCCCAGCUCUCUCAGGUAUCUCCGAGCCCGGCAGCGAAAACCCCGAAGAAUACCUGGGCGUUGCAUCCAACUAUCUCUCCGAACUCCAGCCCGGUGAACGUGCCCAUAUCUCCGUCCGCCCGUCUAGCUCCGGAUUCAAACCCCCCGUUGAUCUGCAGACCCCGAUGAUCAUGGCCUGCGCCGGCAGUGGCCUGGCCCCAUUCCGUGGAUUCGCCAUGGAUCGCGCGGAACGCAUCCGCGGCCGUCGCAGCUCAAUCGACGCAACCAAUGCCUCCGAGAGCGUCAAGCCCGCCAAGGCCAUCCUAUACAUUGGCUGCCGGACCCAGGGCAAGGACGACAUUCAUGCCGAGGAGCUGGCCGAGUGGGCGGCGCAGGGUGCUGUUGACGUGCGCUGGGCAUAUAGCCGUCCCUCUGAUGGAUCAACAGGCAAGCAUGUGCAGGAUCUGAUGUUGGCAGAUCGCGAGGAAUUGGUGGAUCUUUUCGAGCGAGGAGCCAAGAUCUAUGUCUGCGGCAGCACGGGAGUCGGUAACGCUGUGCGUGACGCAUGCAAGACGAUGUAUCUGGAGCGCCGCCGUGAAGUGAUUCGUGAUGCGAAGGAGAAUGGGAAAGAGCUCGGCCCGGAGGCUGAGUUGGAUGAGGACGCUGCUGCAGAUCGAUUCUUCGACCAGUUGAGGACGAAAUCGCGCUAUGCAACUGAUGUGUUUACUUGA